GGCGCCCUAUGCUCAGCCAUGACAGCGGGAAGCCGCGGCCGCCCCCGGCAGCGCCCCGGACCGCGGCUCUCGCCCGGGAAGGGCGGCCAGGACGCUGUCAUGCAGGACCCUACCUCGGAACCCGCCGAGGAGAGCCGGGAGGCAGCCUCGGCGGAGGGCGGCGGGGCCUUCUGUCUGCAGAGGGUGUUUGAGGAGGUGCAGGGCUCCUCGCAGCUGAGCGCGGCGCCCGCGGAGCCGCCGGCCGUGACGGUGGUGGCGGUGGAGCGGUACCUGGCGCAAGCGCCGCCCGCCGCCUCCCCCCAGUACUGGUACGACCUGACGCUGGCGGACGGCGCGCGCUGGCACCGCUGCCACCUCGCGCCGCGCCUCAACGGGCUCGUGCAGCGCGCGCGCCUGCGGGCGGGCACGCGCCUCCGCCUGACGCGCUGCUCGUACCGCUACGACGAGAGGCGCCUGAACCGCGGCUUCUUCUGCCUGGAGGGGCUGGAGCGGGAGGGGGGCACCGGCACCGCCGCCGCGGACAUCCCGCCCGACGGGCACCGCCCUCUCCAGCCCCUCCGCGGGGACAAUAGGCACUACCUGCCGCUCUGGAACAACGAGGAUCCCUAUGGAGACGUGUGGGUACCGGACAGGCCCCCGGUGCAGGUGGAUGUGGAUGUCUCCAAACUGACUAAUCUUGGUCAUCUGGAAAUGACAUGGAGAAGCAGAGUGCAUUUCCAUCCACUUCUUGUGAGAAUCCUGCACAAAUCUAGACUAAGGUACUAUGGAAAACCAGAGAAAAAAAUGGAUAUGCCUUAUCAGGCUUACUUUGAAGUUGCUGAUGGCUCAGGCAUGAUGUCAAUGGUUUUGUGGAAUUCUCUGUGUCCUGAAUGGUAUCACAGUAUGAAGGUUGGCACAGUGCUGCUCCUUGCCAAGUAUGCCAUCAAAUCCAGUUACCCGUUCAAAACACACCCCACCCCAGGGGAUUCACAGAUGAAGAGAUUUGCUACAAUUGAAAUUUGCCUUAAUGUUCGAGAUCCUCCUACCGAAAUAAGUAUUAUUCCAGAAGAAAUGGUUAAGCCAGAGUGGGGAUUACCUGAAGUUAAAUACAGGUUUAUCACAAGGUCAGAGCUGGAUGACUUACCACACAAUCAUUCCUGUGAUGUUAUUGGUCUUGUGACAUUUGUCGGAAGGGCUGAGCGAGCCAGGAAAAGAGAACACAGCGAAGAUUUCUGGCUGUAUCGUUGGGCACAUGCCAUUGAUGGGACCUCAGACCAGCCGUUCAUACUGGAAUUGUUUGCAACUUCUCAGCCAGAUGUGUUUGAGCGUAUUCAUCCAAUGACAUACUUGGUGUGCACACAGAUGAGAGUGAUGACUGAGAAUCCUUCCAGGACAGUUUACCUUACAACUUCAAAUGAAAGUCAAAUAUUCAUUACAGGGUGGCACAAGGGCCAGCCAUAUACCAAGGAUGCCAAAGUGAAAAACUUCAUUCAGUGGACCAAAUCACAAAGUGAAGCUGAUCAAAUAAAGAAAACUGUCAUCGGUGGCUAUUACCCUUUUCCACGACCUCCUGAUAGCUUUUUGAAAUAUUGUAAAAACAAUGAAGUUGAAUCAGUUUUGAAACCCAUAGGUGAAAUAGGGAAAGAGAUUGAAGACCUGCACUACAGAGAACACAAGCGAAUUGCUGUUCAGGGAAUAAUUAGUGCCAUAAGAUACAUCAGCUGUAGCAAUGCAGCAGAAGAAGCCUCAGGAGGGGAAUUGGUCCAGAAAGAUACCUCUCAGUCUCUUGGAAGUUCUUCUGUGUCCAAAGAAGACUAUGUUGACAAGGGAAAAAAUGAAGAAGUUAAAUCUUUUCUGGGGCCACCCUGCACUCCUGAGGAACAUCACCAAGCUCCGCUGUCAAAGAGGAGUUCAGUCAAGAGAAAAACAUCACGCAGAUUCAGAAGAGAUGCAGAACAGGGAGGUACAUCUGUUAGUCCUGUAUCAUCUUACCCCUAUUUUACGCGGACUGUAAGAAGAAGACUUGGCUUAGAUGAAUAUCAGCAUGGACAUUCUGUGCAAGAUAAAAAUGGACAGGCUGUGUCAGACAGUUUGCAGUAUUGCACAGAUCAAGAAGGAGUGAAUAAUAUAGCUGAAACUGAAGAGCCUGGAAGAACUUGUGGUUCCUGGCAGAGUGACCUGUGGGCACAAGUGAAAGACAAGUUAUUGAAUUAUUUUCAUCACAGCAAAAUUUUCCCAGAAAGUAUCCCAUGUAAAUUUGAUUAUGUGCACAAAGACUUACUUAUGCAACAGUACAACCUUCAUGCUGCAGUGCACCAGCCAGUAGAAGCCAGAACAGAUAAAAACAUCAAUGAGUUUAAAAGUCCUAAUGGCCUUGGAUAUUAUGAAGUGACAGUUCUGGGUAUAAACCAUGACAUAGCAAUAGAUGUUGCUUUUCUUCCACUGUUUUCCCCUGACAAUUCCCACUUGUUUCAACUGGAAGACAUUCAGAAUGAUACAUUAUUGUCUUGUAUGAGUUGUAUCUCUGCAUGCCAGCAGAAGGCCACCAGCAGUGGGAGGCUUGGUGGCACGUUUCCUCUUUCAGAUGAAAUUGUAAAAGCAGCGAAGGAGCUCGAUGGCAAACAUGUUAUCUGCAUCUUGGACAUGUGUCACUUGGGUGAUGACAAGGUGGAAGUCUUUCUGAACAAAAUCUACAAGACAGUGGAACCAGGUGUGCUGGAUCCAGUGUAAUUUAAUCACUUAAUUUUCAAAUGUAUAUUGUUCAAAAGGAGGGAAAUAAAAUUGCUAUAACUUGAAUACACCCUCUACACAUUGCACUUUUCUAGAACUAGCAGACACAAACAUAAAAUCGUGAUUCUUAGGCAGUUGUAAUGGCCAUCCAUGUAACUGGGAAGGACAAUUGUUGCCUUUAUUUUACUUGCCUUGGUUGCUGAUGUUCAAGAAGGGUGAAUAGGCAGUACAGUGAGCUGAUCAUUUGGCAGGAUACCAAGGAAUCAAAGUGAUUGUCAGCUCUUUCUUUGCCUGUGCACAAACAUACACAGGAAAUGUAUAUAUCUGGGUGAGAAUAUAUGUAUCUCUGGGUGACAGUAUAUAUCUGUAUAUAACUGAGAAGAGAGGCAAGCUUUCCUAAUAUUUAAGGCAGUGUUUGCAAAUGAAUUAAUGGGCUGUGAUAAAAAUUUUAGUCUGGAAAUUAGAAUAAUUUUGAGGAUUACAAUUUUGAUGUUCUGUGGUAAUCUUUUUUACUGAAAGCUACUAGAGGCAGCCUAUCUGCUCUUUAGGCUUGAAGCUUACUGUGAAAGGGAUUAAAUACCAUGGUGCCUUUAGUAUCAUAAUCCAGGAAACCACUUUCGGUUCUUUUCACCUGAGCAAGGUCAGGUGCUAUGUUUUUAUAUGCCUGCUUUUGUACACAGAGUGUUAGGUAGUGAGUAUAGCAUCCAAACAUUUUUAACAUAUUUUAUUCAUUCAUACAAGUAAUGAAAUAUUUUUUAAAAGAAUUUUUGUAUUGGAACUUGCUUUGAGCUUUGCAAGAGAAAACUGUCUUUAGGAAGUGCUAAUUAUGGCAGGAUACACAGUUUGCCACAUCAUUUCUAGAUGUGUUCUGAGAACGUGAAGUUCAGCAACUAAGCUGCUACUUCCACAAAAGCAAAGGACUGGAAAAUUCUGCCAACUUUUUGCCUGUACUGAAGAGCAACUGGCUCCUGCUGGUCCAGAAUCAAGUAGCACAUUUUUACCCAUGUUAAACAGCCUCAAAUCACUUAAGGAACUUGAUUCUUACAAAAUUAUUUUCCAGCAGGAGCUCUUUGCAGUUUGACUGCUUGUCCAUUUGAAAUGCUGCUCUCAAUUCAAUUCCUUGAGAAGAAAGAAUUAUGGAGACUUGGCAGGUAAAUUGUACCAUUAUUGACCAAAGCCCACAGAGUUAAUUUAUAGGAACAGAUAAAUUCUUAGGCACAUUUUAGCAGCCUGUUGGUAAUUGGAGAUUACCUCUUUCAAGUAGUAAGAGUCACUUGUCUGCCCUGGGGGCAGUAGACUUUGUCCUCAUGUAGUUAAAGUCUGGGCCCUAUCUUCAGAUAAUGGUAAUUUGACAGAGAAUGUAAUUGAUUUUGUUACAUACAAGUUCACAGACAACUUCAGAUAAAAAGUCAUGAAAUUAAUAAAAUUGUUGUCUUUCUAGUGUAGUUUACAGUUUAAAAAUAUGUUGAGAGUAGUUUAACUUAAUUGCACUGCAACUAAAAGUUAAUUUAAUGUGACUGUAUUGUAUCUAUUUAAUAUGAAUCAGAAGUAUUAGUUCUGGAGCAAUGUUGUCAACUCACGCCCUUCAGAGUACUCACAGAAGGCAAAAUGAAAAGAUACCAACCCAAGAAAAGUAGGGUGUUGCUUGCAGUAUUAUUUGUGUCAUUGUGCUGCUAAUGGGUAUGUGAAGGUGAGAGGCCAUUGCUCUGGAGUGAGUAAUACAGUGCUUCAUGUUCCAAACUGAGCCAUGCUGACUGUGUCAGCCAAUGCUUUUUAUUUACAUAUACUUCAGAUGGAAGUCUAAUUUUAACGAAACUCUUCUUUUUAAAGGCAAUUUUUAAAGGAAUUCUCUUUGUCAUCAUAAAAGGACUGAUGUGGCUGACAUUGUCUCAGAGCCACAUUGGUGAGAUGGUCCAGCCACCUUCCUUCACCCCAUGCCUGGCUGUUUGAGGCAUUGCCUGCUUAGUACACUAUAAACAUAAAGCAUUAAUGAUUUCAUCCUAUAUGUUAGGACUUCCUAACUCUAAAGGAAAUAUCUAAAUUAUGUGGAAUAUAGAUAAUGUUUUAAAACAUUAAAGGAUGUUAUUUUACUUUAUUCAAGUGUUUGAAAUUUUUCAUGGCAAAGCUGGGAAGGAGAUAGAUUUACUCUCGCAGAUUGGAGUGCCAGUGUUGGAAGUGCAGGUUCUCUGUGUGCAGCUGGUGAAUGUCCAAUGCCUAUAGUAGACUUGGAAUUUUAAUACUUUGGAUCAUUCUCUAGUCACCAUCCUGCUAAAUAACACUGGACUUAAUAUGUGGAGUUCAGUGGCUGAAGUGCUGUAGUGUUAUUAUGAUUCUACCACUGUGCCUCUCUCCCUUCUCCCUGCCAAUCCAGCGCUGUCAGACUGGAGCAAAGGUCCUCUGCAAGAAAACCACUUGCUGUUUUACUUCAUUCAGUGUUUAUUAACACAAGUGUAAAAAAAAAUUGAUUUUUGGUCUUGAGUCUGUCAAAAUGAUAGUUUUGCCAUGUUAAGCCAAGAUAUAGAGUCAUUAUUCCUGCAAAAUGUCAAAGGGAUCACCUUUAUUGCUGCUGUGUAUUGCUACUGCUAGGGGUAAAAUAAUAUCAGAACACAUUUCGUUACUGUGGAAGGUGUACCUGACCAAAGAACUUUACUCUAAAACCUUACAUGUGCAUGUUUCUUGUGUUUUCAGCAUUAAUUUCAAUGAAUGGAGGAAGGUAGAACAUAUAUAGGUAGUGGUACUUUAGAGUGUGCAAAAGUUCCUAAGUCAUAGAUUGUAAAGAUAAUACUAAUGUUGAAUUAAUGUGAUGUAGAAGUUGUGCGACACUGAAAAGCUGAGAGUAGAAAUAAAUUAAUAUAUGUAAACA